AUCAGCUUGCCCUUCAAAACACCUGAACAUCUGACAAUUGAAUCCAAAUUGAGAGCGUGUCGCUCAAUUUUUUCCUUUAUUUUUGUUUUAUUUUCCUUUUCUGUUUUGGUUGUCGAAACAAGCAAUGGAUUUAUCAUAUGCUCAAGAUAAUUCGGAAAACAACAAUUUAAUUGUAAAUUAUCUACCGCCGAGUAUGACUGAAGACGAAAUUUCCAAGCUGUUCAGUUCAGUCGGCGAAGUGUGCGAGUGUAAGUUGAUUCGAGAUAAGCUCAGUAAACACAGUAUGGGCUAUGCGUUUGUAAAUUUUAAAUAUCCCGAUGAUGCGAAGAACGCGAUUGGAACACUGGAUAAACUUCGACUUCAAGAUAAAACCAUCAAAGUGAGCUACGCUAGACCCUCGUCGUCCGACAUUAAAAACGCCAAUUUAUAUGUUAGUGGCCUGCCUGAGACAAUGUUAAUUGAAGAGCUCGAAGAGAUGUUCAGUAGAUUUGGCAUGAUCAUCACUUCGAAGAUCCUUCGACAUCCCGAUGGUAAAAGUCGCGGAGCUGGUUUUAUACGAUUUGACAAACGCUCCCAGGCCGAAGUGGCUAUAAGAAAUCUCAAUGGAACUCUACCAGAUGGGGCUGACAGGCAAAUCAAUGUGAAAUUUGCAAAUCCUCCUUAUGGGAAUAAAGGAAAAAGGGUUUCGGAUAAUCAGUAUUUGAGUUCAAAUAAUAGCAUCCCAUUGGUUAAUGGUCGAGGGCAGAGUUAUGGAAAUGGUAACGUUGGUCAUGUGUAUCCACAAGGUAAUAACUAUAGAUAUUCUCCAAUGAAUCCAGUUUCAAGUUCACCAAUGUCAGUGGGUGUAUCUGCUAGUAAUCCCAAUACCUCUUUCAAUGGUACAACUUGGUGUAUAUUUGUGUAUAAUUUGCCGCCUAAUUCUGAUGAAAAACUUCUUUAUGAACUUUUUGCCCCAUUUGGUGCUAUUCUGAAUGCAAAGGUUGUUGUGGAUGCAGAAGGUCAACCAAAGGGAUAUGGGUUUGUUAAUAUGCCAGAUUAUCAGGCUGCAUUUACUGCAAUAUGUGGCUUAAAUGGUAAACCAAUGCCUCAUGGGAAAACUUUGCAAGUUUCCUUUAAAACAUCAAGAAAUAAGAAAAUGAAACUUCAUAAAUACAAUCAUUCAUCCAAUUCUGAUACAACGAACUCAAGUGCCAAUUCUUGCCCAGGUGUUACCAUGCUGAAGCCUCUAGUUGGAGACGAUGAUAAUCUAAAGAUCAAUUUGAAAAGUUGUUUGGAUAUCAACUAUACCAAGCUUGAAAUUCUGUUUUGCGUGCAAGAUGAGCAUGAUCCAGCAGCAAGGACUGUUGAAAAAUUAAUUGAUCAGCAUCCAGAUGCAGAUGUCAAGCUUCUUACAUGCGGUGGAGGUGUUGGUGGUGUGAAUCCUAAAAUCAAUAACAUGUUACAAGGUUACAAAGUUGCAAAAUAUGAUCUGUUGUGGAUUAAUGAUAGUUCACUUUUUGUUCACCCUGAUACUCUGAAAAAUAUGGUUCUUAACAUGACUGCAGAUGUUGGAAUCGCACAUCAGGUACCAUUUUUAGUAAACAAGUCAUCUUUCACAGGAAUAUUACAAAAGGUUUAUUUUGGAACUCAACAUUCCCGUGUGUAUCUCUUUGCCAAUGCCAUGGGUUUUACAUGCACCAAUGGGAUGUCAAUGCUGUUGAGGAAACACGUUAUAGAUGAUAUAGGUGGUCUUCAAGAGUUUUCAUCUUACAUAGCGGAGGAUUUUUUCAUUAGUAAAUCAUUUGUAGACAGAGGUUGGAAGAUUGCGCUGAGCUGUUACCCAGCGUUGCAAAAUCCAUCAAGAAUAAGCUUUUCAUCUUUUUUUUCCAGAAUGGUUCGAUGGACCCGUUUACGUGUUACAAUGAUGCCUGUGAUCGGUGUACUGGAACCAUUGACGGAAUGUUUAGUGAUAGGAUUGCUGGGCUCUUGUGGGGCGAAAUAUUUAUUGGGUUUUAGUGCAUGGAAAGUUUUACUGGGUCAUUGUUUGUUAUGGUUUUCUGCAGAUAUACUGUUGCUAAAUAUCAUGCAGGGACCUGAUACGUUGCCACCAUUUCGUAAAAUAGUUUUUGCAUGGCUUUUACGAGAGACAUGGACCUAUAUCAUAUUUCUGCGAGGGAUGUGUGGACGAAAAAUCUCUUGGAAGAAAGGAGCAUACCGUAUCAAGACAGGAGGAAAGGCAUUUCGUAUUCAAGGCAUGAAAAUCGAGGAUGAUAAACAUUGUCUUUAAUGGCAAAAUCUCCUUUUAAUAAAUUAAUUCUUUUAAUUGAAUUAUUUACCACGCAAAGUUUCGUUACACAUAAUCUGCUGUAGCGUACGUAGCCCGUCUAUAUACUCCCGCUAUGUUAAUAUUCUGUUCAGUGACAAUGAAAACAAGAUAUUUGUAAAUAACUGAAGGCAAUCAUUUAAAAUUUACAUAGCGGAAGUUAAUCUGCUAAGCUACUGAACGUAUGUCGAGAAAUAUUUGAAAUUAUUAGAAUAUUAAAUGAGAAAUAAUAGUGACAA